UAUUUUUAUCCAAAUGGAAACUCCAACAAGCCGCGAGGUGUCAGCGAGUACCGGAACAACCCAUUUCAGAAUACAGUCCUAGAUAUAAACUUUAGAGGUUUCUGACUGCUCUGAAGUCAUUGGAAUACGUUGUCACGUUUAAAGAUAACGAGUCACGAUAACUUACAUUCUGGAGAGAGCAGACGACACGUCAGGCAUGGCUACUAAUGUGAAAGGAGGGGCGUGUUUUGACAGGGGUGCAGUUAUGCGAGAUCUGGAGGAGAAAGGGUAUGCCGUGAUACCGGAUGUCUGCAGUGCGCAGGACAGUGACGUCUACAUAUCCCAGUUCCGUGAUUGGCUAUCUCAGUUUAAAGAGGGCGAAUUCCCGUUCCAGAGCCAGUCUAUAAUCCAAGGCUAUGAUGUAGGUCAUUUCGAAAACACCUGGAACUGCCGCUUUAAAGCCAAACCAGUUUUUGCUAAAGUCUGGGAGACUGAGAAGCUCCUAACAAGCUUUGACGCUGUAGCCAUAUCUGAUCCCCCGGAAAACCAAGAAACUGGUGUUUAUGAUACCGGGAAAGAAUGGCUUCAUCUUGACCAACCGGCAGAAAGAAUUGGUCUCCAUGGUUACCAAGGCGCUCUGUAUUUGGAGGAGGCGACAGAAACUGACUACUGCUUCAGGGUCCUGUCGGGAUCGCAUAAACAUUUCAACGCUUUCUUUGAAGAAUUUGAAGCCUCUGCACAAAAGAGCAACAAAAAUAAGUACCAUGUAUUAACGAAAGACGACAAAUCUUGGUUCCGAGGAAAGGGCUGCGUUAUCACAAAGGUUCCUGUUCCGAAAGGAGGGAUGGUCCUUUGGGAUUCUCGGACAGUGCAUGACAACUGCAGACCGGAGAAAGGCCGCCCCAAUUCCGACAGAUGGCGCUUUGUGGUGUUCGUGUGCAUGACGCCGGCCAAGUGGGCUCGGCCGGAAGAUGUUCCUGACAAGAAGAAGGCCUACACACAUAUGAUGAUGACAGGACAUUGGCCAUCUCAAGGAAUCAACAUUUUUGAGAAGUCUGAUCCUUCUGAUUACAGUAAAAUCAAGUCUCCGAUCGGCGACAGUCUUCCGGAAGUUGCUACGACAAAGGAGGCGAAGUUGUUGUCUGGAGUGGAGGAGUACGACUUUGACGACGGUGAACCUAACGGGCCUUCCUGGGAACCUAUUUGGAAGAAGAAUACUCGUCUUGGAUUUGUAUAGGGAACAUACUUUAUUGUCCGGAAAAAAACACGUGAACAUUACACUACGAACAACUGGCUUCCAAUGUCUCGUGAAUCGGCUAGUUUAACAAAAUAUUGGCAUUCGUAGGAGCCUCGUUAAUCCGCACUCAAGUAGACCCGAACUAGGAAAUUGUACAUUUCCCAUGUAUACAGUAUGACAUGAUUCUAUUUGUGUUUUCGUUUAUCCAGACUAUUUGUUGAAGCUGAUGUGAGGCAAGCGACCUAUCUUGCACAGGAAGACACACGUAUAACCGUCUUGUGUAUUGGUCACAAUAUGACCUCAUUUUCAGACGCAAGAUCAUUUGAACUGGGAACAUAUUAACCAGGGCUUUGUUCCACAAAGCGACCGCAGCGCUGAGGUCAUCGUAAAUCCCAUACUUUAAUAUACACCUAUGACUCGCGUUGCGCUACGAUCGCUUUGUGGAACGGAGCCCUUCAUAUUGGACAGGACGCAAUCAUUGUUUCCGAUAUGGGUUUAAAUAAGAAAAUUACAACAAAUCCGAGAUAUACGUAUUCCAUCUACCCUGGUGUGUUCCGAAUUUAUAAGAAAACCUCUCGGAACAAAGUCACUAUCUUAUUAUUUA